AUGGAUAAGUUUCGUAUGAUGUUCCAGUUCCUCCAAUCCAACCAGGAGUCUUUCAUGAAUGGGAUUUGUGGGAUCAUGGCGUUGGCAAGUGCCCACAUGUACUCUGCCUUUGAGUUCAACUGCCCCUGCAUGCCAGAGUACAACUACACCUACAGUACUGGACUGCUCAUCGUCCCUCCCAUAUGGUUCUUUCUAUUAGGUUUUGUACUGAACAAUAACGUGUCUGUGUUGGCCGAGGAGUGGAGACGGCCUACUGGGAGUCGCACAAAGGAUCCAACAAUCCUGCGCUACAUGCUUUGUUCGGUCACACAGAGAUCCCUGAUCGCACCUGCAGUCUGGGUGUCUGUCACUCUCAUGGAUGGUAAGAGCUUCCUCUGUGCUUUCAGCAUCAACCUGGACAUUGAAAAGUUUGGAAAUUACAGUUUUGUCAGGCAGAUGUCUGAGACGGAGAAGAUUAAACUGUUGGCAAGAAUUCCCUGCAAAGACCUGUUUGAGCAUGAGGAAUUGAGAGUGGCUGCAUCGCGGUACAUCAAAUGUAUAUCCCAGGCAUGUGGGUGGAUAUUUUUGUUCAUGAUUACCUUCACUGCCUUCCUGAUCCGAGCGAUUAGACCAUGCUUCACCCAAGCUGCCUUCCUCAAAACCAAGUACUGGUCUCAUUACAUCGACAUCGAGCGCAAGAUGUUUGACGAGACCUGCAAGGAGCACGCCAAGAGCUUCGCUAAGGUUUGCAUCCAUCAGUACUUUGAGAACAUCAGCGGAGAGAUGCAAAGCCUCCACCACCAUCCUGCCAGCAAGGAUGACGGUGAAGACGACGACAGAAGCGACGAAGACAAGCUCCUAGGGAUCAGGGCCCAGAAUGAUAUGAACAAGGUUUUAUGGAACUGGCACACCAGUAAGCCAGCUCUGGCUCUGAGGAAGAACUUUGAUGGGGAAAACAACGAAAAACUCAAUGGAAAGAUGAAUGGAACAAUAAACGGGCUGGCAAAUGGACACGCCUGCGACAUGGAGAAAAAGGAAUGGGCUGUUUAUUACAGUAAGGUCUGA